AUGAAAUUCAAAAUUAAUCAAAUACAAAAGCCUCAGAAGCAAGACUUGUCCUAUACGUUCGGCAAGAUGGAGGAAGCAGAUGUAUAUUUUACCGAAAAAUUCACCGAUUUCCGAGAUUUCAGCAAGACAGAGCCCCACCACCUCGACCUGGGUUUCAAUAUUUUCAGAGAGAAUGAAUUAUCUGGUGAUUACCAGAGUCAAGAUGAUUUUGGAGAGGGACUCACUCCAGUCAAAUCUCGGAAGAGGACCUUCCAGAGAAGGCUCCAAUUUGAAAAUAGCUCUUCUGCAGAAGACUUCCAAAAUAUGGCCAAAACUUUUAAGAGAUUGAAGAGUCAGGAAGAUGAGGACUGUCUUUCUCCUGACUCUAUAGAGUUUCACUCCAAAGAUGACAAGGCAGACUUCACUAAUGUGCUCUCCAAAUGUUGCAUGAAGUUUGGGGGGAAUCCUUCCAUGAAGUUUGAAGAAAAUAAAUUCCUGAAUACCAAAAACUCGACAGCUGACAUUUUUGAAUCUCUUAAUAAUCCAUCUGGCCAGCUCCAAGGAUACGAUGACGACGACUUUGGCUUCCAGAUCAAGAGCGGGCUAUCUAAACUUAAGACGGUGAAUACUUCCAACCCUUGCUGCUCUGAAGUUGAGGAUUUGGGUGCGUCUAAGAUUCCCCAAGUCAAGGCAUCCUCUGACUUGUUAUCAACCCUCGCAAAAACUAUUGGUACCUACUUGGUAUCGAGGCUCAAGGCUUGCAAGAGGUUUCUGGGUGACUUCCAGAUCAAAGAAUUAGAAAUGCCUCUUCCUGAAUCGAUGAUUUCAAAUUCUGAAGCCAAAAAGUGUCCCGGGAAAUUCCACUUGAUUUGUGAAAACAAAGUUGACCGGAAUACAUAUAGUGUCACUGUAAUUGAUUCUGAAAAUUAUGAAGGAGACUAUAAGAAGGACAUUUACCACCUUAGCUCUAUUAGGAACGGAAACCCCCACAUUUUGAAGUACUUUGGAUGCUGGAAGGAGCAAGGACUGGUGUUCAUUCAAACCGAACAAUACACUCAAACACUAGAAAAACUAUUAUUAAGUGGUACUAUCGAACCUUCAGAGAGGCAAAAAGUGGUUGUUGAUAUAUAUAAUGCUAUUGAGUACUGCCACUCUAAAGGAAUAGUGGAUAUCCAAAUCUCUAAGAGCUCUAUUUUCUUGAGCAAUGGGAACUAUAAGCUUAAUACUUUGGAGUUCUCUCAAACGGACAGCCCCACUAGUGCUCAGAAGGACCCAGAAACAUUGCUUUGGAUCAAACAAUUCGUUGAGCUCUUUAACAUUGCUGAAGUUGAUUUCCCACAAAAAUCACUUUUUAGCAGAGUUUUUUAA